UGCACUUUAAAAUAGGCUUUCGGUGGAACAUCAUUUUAUUCAACUUAUGUCUGGUACAAGUAGGGGCAAGCACCAUACAUUGGUUUGCUUCCAACCAUCGUCAAACGGAUAUGGGAACGGGUCUCCGAGCGCUCGAGCUUCUGCAGUGGGCACUAGUUUUCAAUCCAAAGGUACGAGGUCUCCCCAAACACCAACCCAAGUAUCAUCCAAUGUUUCAAACAAUCACAAAUCGUCGGUACUUCUUGCAACGGCCGUAGUUCUAGUCCAAGGUGAAGAUGGAGUCUGUGUUCCAACAAGGGCUCUAUUAGAUUCUGGUUCCGAAUGCAACUUCAUGACGGAGAAGCUGGCACGACAACUGAAUGUCCAGAGGCAUCAUGUCGAUGUCAAGGUUAAUGGAAUUGGACAAGCCAACAUUCAAGUAAAGGGGAGAACCACAGUCACGAUCAAAUCGCGUGUCACAGACUUCUCACGAAGAAUGGAAUUCCUAUUGCUACCAAAAGUGACAGCGAACCUACCCACAACUAAUGUGGACACUACUGGAUGGGAACUCCCAGAUGGUGUGAGAUUAGCGGACCCAUCCUUUUUUACAUCACAGGCCAUUGAUUUAGUAUUAGGGAUACAACACUUCUUCACAUUUUAUAAAAACGGAGAUGAGGUACUGCUUGGAAAAGGACUUCCUACGCUCACGGAAUCAGUUUUCGGAUGGGUGGUAUCCGGAUGUGUGGACAGGCCAUGCAAUAACUACCGCAUUGUUUGUAAUACAGCAGUCGAUAUGAAGGAGAAACGAAGUCGUCUUCCGAUGAAUUGUUCAACAGGAUAGACGAAGAAAAGGAAAGGAAAAUUAUAUGCCUACCGAUAGAGUAAAACUGGCGUUCUUUACCCGAAGCUCAUAGCCAAAAUCAGUCAAAUCCAUCCAUCUGCGCACGAGAGUUUCUUUUCUUUUGUUUCAGAAAUCCCAGCUAUUUCAGGGUGGGCGGGAAUGUCUACGGAUCAACGACCAAAUUAUCGAUGAACCCCUCGGUGCGAUCUGGCUCGACUAAUGAAAGUGCAUCCACUGCGCAUUACUUCAUAUGCAAGCCGAAGACAAAUACGAUUGUCGACCAACACAGUCGAAUGGACAGGACUAUUAAGUUGGAUACGUUGCCGAUCGGAUCAGACGGAGUCUGAAACCAAUUUUUAUGGAAACUUGACCCAAGAAUUGUGUUUAGCUAGUAAGAUUAAAUGUAGUUUUCUGUCAUGCAAUAAAGUGUAGUUUGUGUAUAAAAUGUAAUGUGUAAUGGACUGUAAAUAAAUUAUGUGAAUGUGAAAGGUUGCCUUGUUGACGAAACCA